AGUAGUGAAACAUCCAAAGACACUGCCUCAGUCCCAAAGUGCCACGCCCCCUGUCAGGAUGCUGGCUCCACGGAGCAGGUGCCCAAUGGAGACCUGGAGACAGAUGGUGCCCAGUGGAAAGGCCCGGAGGACAGCGAUGGGACCCCGAAGGGCGGGCAGCAUGGCGAGGACGAGACGGACAGCCUCCCAGACAGUGAGACGGGCCAGGCCCUGGAGAACGGGCGCUGCACCCCGAAGGACAGCCCGGACCCACCGGCCGAUGAGGGCAAAGAAGAGAAGGAAGAAGCUAACUACGACUCGCUGAAAAUGGAGGGAUCCCGAGGCCGCCUGCGUGGUGGGCUGGGCUGGGAGUCAAGCCUGCGUCAGAGGCCCAUGCAGCGGCUCACCUUCCAGGCCGGGGACCCGUAUUACAUCAGCAAGAGGAAGCGAGAUGAGUGGCUGGCCAGAUGGAAAAGGGAGGCUGAGAAGAAGGCCAAAGUCAUUGCUGUCAUGAACGUGGUAGAGGAGAGCCAACGGGCAGAGCCCCAGAAGGAGGAGGAGGCCAGCCCGCCUGCCUCACAGCAGCCCACAGACCCCGCUUCGCCCAACGUGGCCACCACGCCUGAGCCAGUGGUGGCCGACGCCGUGGACAAGAGCACGUCCAAGUCAGCUGACGACGAGCCGGAGUACGAGGAUGGCCGAGGCUUCGGGAUCGGUGAGCUGGUGUGGGGGAAGCUGCGUGGAUUCUCCUGGUGGCCGGGCCGGAUUGUGUCCUGGUGGAUGACUGGGCGGAGCCGAGCAGCCGAGGGCACCCGCUGGGUCAUGUGGUUCGGAGAUGGCAAGUUUUCCGUGGUCUGCGUGGAGAAGCUCCUGCCACUGAGCUCCUUCUCCAACGCCUUCCACCAGGCCACGUAUAACAAGCAGCCGAUGUACCGCAAAGCCAUCUACGAGGUCCUGCAGGUGGCCAGCAGCAGAGCGGGGAAGAUCUUCCCAGCAUGCCCUGAGAAUGACGAGACAGACACUUCCAAAGCGGUGGAGAUCCAGAACAAGCAGAUGAUCGAGUGGGCCUUGGGGGGCUUCCAGCCGUCUGGUCCCAAAGGCUUGGAGCCACCAGAAGAGGAGCGGAAUCCCUACAAAGAAGUUUACACGGAGAUGUGGGUGGAGCCAGAAGCAGCCGCUUACCCCCCGCCUCCGCCAGCCAAAAAACCAAGGAAAAGCACAACGGAGAAGCCCAAGGUCAAGGAGAUCAUAGACGAGCGUACCCGAGAGCGGCUUGUUUAUGAGGUUCGCCAGAAAUGCAGGAACAUCGAAGAUAUCUGCAUUUCUUGUGGAAGCCUCAACGUUACCCUGGAACACCCUCUAUUUAUCGGAGGAAUGUGCCAAAACUGCAAGAACUGCUUCCUGGAGUGCGCGUACCAGUACGACGACGAUGGCUACCAGUCGUACUGUACAAUCUGCUGUGGUGGCCGUGAGGUGCUCAUGUGCGGAAACAACAACUGCUGCAGGUGCUUCUGUGUGGAGUGUGUGGACCUGCUGGUGGGACCAGGUGCAGCCCAGGCAGCCAUCAAGGAGGACCCCUGGAACUGCUACAUGUGCGGCCACAAGGGCACCUACGGGCUGCUGAGGCGAAGAGACGACUGGCCCUCGCGCCUCCAGAUGUUCUUCGCCAAUAACCAUGACCAAGAAUUUGACCCACCAAAGGUUUAUCCACCGGUCCCGGCUGAGAAGAGGAAGCCCAUCCGAGUGCUCUCUCUCUUCGACGGAAUUGCCACAGGUCUGCUGGUGCUGAAGGACCUGGGCAUCCAGGUGGACCGCUACAUUGCUUCCGAGGUUUGCGAAGACUCUAUCACUGUGGGGAUGGUGAGACACCAGGGCAAGAUCAUGUACGUCGGCGACGUCCGGAAUGUCACCCAGAAACAUAUACAGGAAUGGGGCCCUUUUGACCUGGUGAUUGGAGGGAGCCCAUGUAAUGACCUCUCCAUUGUCAACCCUGCCAGGAAGGGUCUUUACGAGGGCACCGGACGGCUCUUCUUCGAGUUCUACCGCCUUCUCCACGAAGCCCGGCCCAAGGAGGGCGAUGACCGGCCCUUCUUCUGGCUCUUCGAGAACGUGGUGGCCAUGGGGGUGAGCGACAAGCGGGACAUUUCGCGCUUCCUAGAGUCCAACCCAGUGAUGAUUGAUGCCAAAGAGGUGUCUGCAGCGCACAGGGCCCGGUACUUCUGGGGUAACCUUCCCGGUAUGAACAGGCCUUUGGCAUCUACAGUGAACGAUAAGCUGGAACUUCAGGAGUGCCUGGAGCACGGCAGGAUAGCAAAGUUCAGCAAAGUGCGAACUAUCACCACUCGCUCCAACUCCAUCAAGCAGGGCAAGGACCAGCAUUUCCCCGUCUUCAUGAACGAGAAGGAGGACAUCCUGUGGUGCACGGAGAUGGAGAGGGUCUUUGGCUUCCCGGUUCAUUACACAGAUGUCUCCAACAUGAGCCGCCUGGCCCGGCAGAGACUGCUCGGCAGAUCUUGGAGCGUGCCGGUGAUCCGCCAUCUCUUUGCUCCCCUGAAGGAAUACUUUGCCUGCGUGUAAGACACACAGGAACUAGUGAAGUGGAACGAAUCAGAUGAGAAGAGAAGUGAAAAUGUGGAACAAGAGAAAAAUCAGCACCCAGAAGAGAGAAAGGAUUAAACCCGAUGGGAAUCCACCGCGUCUCCCCAAGCGAAAGGGUUCGGUGUCCUCUCCUGAAUUUUCAAUGUUCAGCUUUUAGCCUAUUUAAAAAAAAACAAAAACCGGUUUUUUUUGGUAACCUUUUAAUUUUCCGCUCUUUUCUGGAUGGGUUUUUCUGUUAGUUUGGUUUCUGCUUCUCGAAGCUGCGAGCGAGGCGAAAGGCUUUCCCGAGCUUGUGAGCAAGCGCUGUCGUAGCAGGAGGGCAAAGCCAGCAGGAAACACUAGCAGAAACCCAAGCCUAGAGAGGGGGACGCGAAGGAAAGGUUCUGCCGACCUGUCGCUCUGAGCUCGAGUUUUGUCUCUGGUCUGGUGAGCGUAGGAGCACCCAGCAGGGAGUGCUCAGCCUGCGCCGUAACUUCCAGCACUGAGCCUUACUUACUUCUACCAGCACCAUCACUGGUGAUGCAAAGCAAAACCAACUAGCAGGGAAGCCAAGAACACGCACCACACCACACACUUUUCUACAGUAUUUCGGGUGCCUACCACACAGGAAACCUUGAAGAAAGCAGAUCCUAGAUGCCGCUGUUACCUCUUGUUUACAGUUUAUAUAUAUACGGCAGGUGUGAGCGCGAGCUAGCUAGAUAGAUAUAUAAAAGGUACUGUUACUACUGUACAUCCUGACUUCAUAAUGGUGCUUUUCAACAGCGGGGUGAGUCAAAACAUCAGCUUCCACGUUGCCUUACGUGCCAGGGCUUUCCGCAGGGGGGACCAUGCAGACUCAGUGCCGGGGGCAGGGGAGGCACUGGUCCCCCGCCCCCGGGCAGUGCGGGGGAGGGACGGGAGGCAGUCUCCGUCCCACGUCAUGCAAUAACCUUUUUAUUUUCGAAAAGGAAGGCCCCCCUCCCACGCACUGGGGAGAAGCGGGUCCGGGGCUGCCCCCGCCCACCCGCAGGGGCCGGGGGGAGAGAAAGCCCUCGCCAGAGAAUAACAACACACAAACGUACUGGUGCUUUUCUGUGUACGUCGCCUUUGGGUGUUCUUUUCCGAGGGGCUCCCCUCCCCUGGCCUGAGGCUGGGGUGCAGCACCGGGCAGAGCGAUGCUUUGGGUCACCUCCGAACUCACAGGCUGCAGUUUUAUACUGAGAAGCUGAUGCCAUCUUUGAUUCUUCUUGUCUCUUUGUUGUAGAAUGAAGAACUCGUCUGUAGGUUCAUGCCGAGGUGGGAGGAGGGCCGGGCAGACGCCCCCCAUUGCUCAUCCAGGCCUGGGGGUGCAGGGCAGAGCUUUGGCUGCCCUGUGGGGUGCUCCCGGCCCAGCGGGGAGGCUGGUUCUCUCUUUUUGUGGACGCUGUGAAUUCUGUUUCUUUUAGUACUUGAUUGAACUGCAGCUGUGCGGUCCCUUCCCAUCGGCCACCAGCGCGCUGCCCCUCACUCCUCGCGGCCUGGGCGGAGGGCGCAUUCUCUGUGGGGCAGGAAGUGGGCAAGGGCUAGACUAGGAAUCGCACUGGCAGGCCCCCCUGAGGGAGAAUCCCCCCAGCAGAGCCAGGAGAGCAGCAUCUCCAGAGGGGCUCCACCUCUGUUCCUGGAUUCCAGGGGCUGGGGGCCCAGUGCCAGCCCGACAGCCUGGGCAGGCAGAGCAGAGGCAGCUUUCCCCCUGGCGUGUGCCUAUGCAGCACGCCGGGGGAAGCCGGCAGGUGCCGCAGGCACUCAGGUGGGCAAGCAUCCGCUGCAGAGCAGUGCCAGCUGGGCCAGGCUGAGAUCCCAGAGGGAGCUCUAGGCCGGCCGGGGGUGUGGUACAUUCAGGGGGGCACAUGGCCAAAGCUAACCGAUCCAGGCCUUGUGCCCUGCUGUAUGUGGGCAUGGCCCUAGCACAGCCAGUUGGCACCAGUGGAUCAUCUGGCCCUCCAGGGGCAUUUGCUGGCAUGGCCUGGAAGAGCGGGCAUGGAAGGAGCUUGGUGUCUGUCUUGGCCUCUCUGCUGAGCCUGCCAGGGGAGAGCAGCUGUGAGGGGCUUUCCCAGCAUGCGGAAGUGUUGUCCCGCGGGCAGACGCCCCGGCCUGAGUCUUGUCACAAGGGCACUGACCAGCCACCAUCUCGAUAACUUCCCUGCGCUGCCAUUGGCCCGCCCCCUC